AUGGCGCCGCGGCGGCGUCGGAGCCUAAGGGCGCGGCGGCGGCGGCAGCAAGGCAGAUCAAGGCUCUGCAGCAGCGACGACCUACAUCUUAGUUGGUCGCGGCAGCAACAGCAAGACGGCAGCCCAAUCCCCUUGGUCGCAGCAACGGGGAUAAAGAUUAUGUGGCCAUGA